AUGGAGUUUAGUGACUUUUAUAAACACAGUUCUUAUCUUACAAAGUUCUCACCUGACGGACUUUACAUAGCCACGGUUUAUCAGAAUAGGCUUGCGGUUCGCGAUUCAAUUACUCUAAAAGUCCUCAACGUUAAUCAGAGCGAUGCAGCCAUAGAGCACGUCAAUUGGUCGCCAGAUUCACAUUUCUUCUUGGCAGCAAGUUAUACAGCUGGUACAGUCUACAUAGGAUGUAUUGGCGAGAACAGCUGGUCGGCAGUCAUAGAGGAAGGAACAGCUGGACUUAAACAUGCAAGGUGGACACCUGAUGGGAGGGGUAUCAUGUGUUUUUCAGAUUUCCGGCUACGUUUGACAAUAUGGUCACUCGCUACUGGUGAUGUUUGUUACAUGCAAAAUCCAAAAUACAAUGAUAAAGGUUAUAGUUUUCGUAAGGAUGGGAGGUACUUUGCCCUCACUGAGCGACGGGAGGGGAAGGACUUUAUAGGAAUAUAUGAUUGUGAAAAUAUGUGGAACUUAGUAAGGCAUUUUGUUGUCGACACUGUUGAUCUCGAUAAUAUCGCGUGGUCGCCCGAUGGUCGUGUAAUUGCCGUCUGGGAUAAUUGCAUACAGUACAAAGUUUUGAUCUACACACCAGAUGGUCGAUGUCAGAAAUCAUAUUGUGCAUAUGAAAUGGGUUUAGGGGUGAAGACUGCCACUUGGUCACCUUCGAGUCAAUUUCUGGCUGUUGGCAGCUAUGAUCAACGGCUACGCUUUCUCGGUAACUACACAUGGGAGCCGGUGAUAGAAUUUUAUCACGCCGGAGCUGUCAAUGUCGAAGGCUUGACAAUACUAAGAGAGGAUGUUGAAAUGCCUGCGCGUGAAUACGAAAAACCAGUAGUUACAUACAUUAAAGAAGAACAACCAUAUGAACUGCCUGUCAAUCGCGUGGGUCCAGAGAAAGGACAACCGAGAUUAGGUGUCGGCACCUGUAAAUUCAAUGCAAAUGGGACUCUGCUGGCGUCACGCAAUGGCAAGUCCCCGGUCAAGCAAUUCCUGUGGAAUCCAAUUGAUCCCGAUCAGCUGGCCAUUUGCAGUGGAUCCAAUACUCUGUGUUUUUGGUCUGCUCAUGAGAUGGAUGUUUGUCAUGUCGAAGUACCCAACACAACUUUCAGUGUAAAUAACAUCCGAUGGCGUCCAGAUGGGAAAUCCUUAUUGAUAAUGGAUAAAAAUAUGUUCUCUACAGCUAAUUUCCAGUGUGAAGAGGAUGAGGCAGGGGAACAAGAUUUAGUUUCAAACAUUCAUUCUUCAUCUUCAUCUUCUAAUAUCAAAUAA